AUGGUUCUGCUAGAGAAGCUCUGGGAUGAUGUUGUGGCCGGCCCUCAUCCUGAACGAGGCCUUGGCAAGCUCAGAAAACUCACCACCCUCCAAACUGAUGAGGGAGAAAGUAGCAAGCUCCAGAAGAGCUUGUCGAUGCCGACCACACCGACAACCCCUUUGACUCCGACGACACCUACGACACCUGGAACGGGGCGUAAGGCUGACAACGUUUGGAGGAGCGUGUUCCAUCCUGGGAGUAACUCUGCUACUAAGACCAUCGGUGCUCAGCUGUUUGAUAAGCCUCUUCCCAACACUCCCACUGUCUAUGAUUGGAUGUACUCUGGAGAGACCAGGAGCAAGCACCGGUGA